AUGAUCAAGAAACUUGUAAAAGACCUUCAGAAAGAACUCACAGUGGCUCACCGCAAAGCCUUUACCGCUCGUUGGCAAAAGGAUUUGGACAAGAACAAGGCCAGGCUAACAUACGAAAAGUUGCAGCUUAUCCGAAACAGAAAGCCAACCGCCGAAGUGGAAGCCAAACUCAAAGCUCUCGAGUCGGGCAAAAUCGAGUUUCCUCCGUUGAAGAAACAUCAUCUUCGCGAGCUUCUUGAAGCCGAAGAAGACAUCAACAACUUGAAUAAUGUCGUCACCUACUUGAAAAACCAAAGAGUGUACAACGAGCUUCUUGAGAGAUAUAACCCGGGCUUGACCAUGUCACAGCUGGACAAUGUUCGGAAAACCGCCAACAUGGUUGGUUUGUCUGUUCCUGAGAACUGA